UUUUUACGUCAAUAAUGAAACUAAACAAAUAAAAGUAAAAGGAAAAAAUGAAAAAGCAGUUGCCCUAUCUUCUUAACCUAUCUUUGUUUUCUUCUAACGCCCCUUUUCCUAAUUUCCUCUCUCUCUGUGUACGAAAAGACUUCUUCCUUCCAUAGGCCGAUUGAAUGAGACGAGAGGGUUUUAAUAAGGUUUUGUCUCUCCUGCUAUGAAAUAUGAGUGUGGUUGAACCUGGUAAUUGUUGGGAUGCAAUUUCCAAUUGCGUCCUGGGAGACGAAGAGUUUGAUAACAUACUCAAUAUUUUGGAUUUCCCUUUGGAGAGUUUGGAAGAGGAUGGGUUUGUGGCUGAUUGGGAUAUCAGCAAGUCUCAAUGUCUCGGGCCCCCACAGCCCAACGAGCUAAGCGGGCCCCCAGAAGUUGCCAACACCAACAUCAAUUCUGGGUCUCCUUCCCAUUUGUUGCCUGGACUUAGUGUUCCUAUAGGAGCUCAAGAGCAAAAGCCCAUCUCAAGCCCUGGAUCACAUAACAACCUCCAACUAAACAAAUCAGCCGAGGCCCGAGAAUCCAACAUCUCCCACACCCAAAGCCCGGUUUCGGUUCUCGAGAGCAGUGGGUCCUGCUCGGCUUCCAGCAAGAACCCACUCGCUGUGUCCUCUAACCCAAUCCCCACACGGGCCCGAUCCAGUAGGCACAAACGGGCCCGUACAAACCCCUGGCCCACACCAUUGUCUCUUUUCACUUCCAUCCCCAAAAAGGAAAACUUCAAGAAAACUGAGGCUGAGGCUGAGAAAUUGGGCGUGAAGAAGUGCAUGCAUUGUGAGGUGACCAAGACACCACAAUGGAGGGAAGGCCCAUUGGGCCCGAAAACACUGUGCAAUGCGUGUGGUGUACGGUACCGUUCAGGCAGGCUGUUGCCGGAGUACCGGCCAGCGGCAAGCCCGACGUUUGUGCCGUCACUGCACUCGAAUUUGCACAAGAAGGUGAUAUUGAUGAGGAACGAAGGGAAGAAGCUCAAGGUGAAAAUGGAGGUGGAGUCUGAUCACAUGUUAUAGGUGGUAGGGGGGUUUUGGUUUUAGAUGCUGCUGCUGAUUGUAGCCUGGUUUCAUAUUAGAGUUUGGGCAACAUUUCUAUCUGUUUGGACUGUUGUUGUUCCAUUAGGACUGAAUUAUACAACACAAUAAUCUUGGGUGGCAAUACUCAAGAGUUUGUAUGGAACUUUUUUUUUUUUUCUUAUUUAUUUUUAUUUACUUUUAUGGACUUAAUAAAUAUGUUUGAUUGUUGGUGAAUCGAGUCUGAAGGAGGGUGUUGUAUUAUUAUGUUGUGCGGCG